ACAAAAGUAUUUUUACAUCUACAAAGGCUGUUCUGCGAGCAAAUCAACCUGACAAUGAGUAACGGAGAAUUCGGUGAUGGCUUACUGCUACAUGUUUGUAAUAGAGACAUCAAUUAAACAUUUUUUCUCUCGGUAUAAUUUGAAGACAAUCGGACUUUUUGCCAUCGACAAUUCUUCUGCCGAACUUUACCGAUGCAUGUGAUGUAAAUGCAGUGUGAUGGUUGACAGUAGUUUGAGCAAUGUUGAGAUAAUUCUUGGAUCUAGAAUAUCUGGGCAUCCACCAAUCAGAAUUUUGUAGGGGCUUUAAAAGAAAUAUAGUACGCUCUUCCCACCCGCAUGAUUUACCCGGUGAUUUGUUUAUGCUGUCGAAAAAAUUUUCAGGAAGGUGGGUAGUGAUUGUUAAUCUAAAAUGAUAAAAAUCUCUGCUUUGAACGAGGAUUCGAGCGAGGAAAGCGAAGAUGAAGAUGUACCAACAAUUACUAAGGAAGCUCAGGAACAAAUAGCACUUACGGAGUACAAUAAGGCCUUAGAAUUAUUACGACGGAAUAAAAAAGAGGAUGCCUUGACACUUUUGAAAGAUCUCCUUGAAACUGAGUUGCUAGAUCAAGUUGAGAAGCCAGAAGUUCCCGACGGAAGGCCCAGGCCAAUGCUCUCCUUGAAGUAUUCGUGUUUUAAAAAUAUCGGAGCAAUUCAGGCUCAACUGGAAAAUUAUGAAGAUGCGAUCGACAAUUAUUGGGAAGCAACCAAUCUCGACGAUUCAGAUGUUAUGCUUUGGUAUAGGCUGGGAACACUUGCCAUGAAAACUUACAACCUUGAAUUAGCUUGUUCCUCAUUUAAGUAUGGGUUGAAAUGUAACCCAAAUCAUUGGCCCUGCUUGGAUAGUAUUAUCACAGUUUUAUAUGCAGUUCCAGAUUACAUGACCUGUUUAAUGUAUAUUUCAAUCGCUUUAGAACAUGAUCCUAGUUAUAUAAAAGGUUUGGCUUUUAGAGAUAAAAUAUUUAAAAAUAUUCCUAGCUUCGAAGAAUGCUAUAAGGUCUAUAACAGCGAUUGGGAAUUAGAUCCACCUGUAGAUACAGAUUACGAUCAUGUUAUCGGCGAUAAAUUUUUGGCUGAGGCUAAAGAUCUGGCAGAAAAGUGGGCUGAGGCUUGUCGACCUGAGUUCAGCCUCAAACCGUUACCAGAUUUGAUUUUAAAUAAACCUGUGGUAGAAUUCACAUGGUUGAGUCUGGGAGAGAGCUUAAUAAGCAUGCAUAAGUAUAUAACAGAUAAUAAUUAUAAUUUUGUGAGCCACAUCAAGAUCAAUGUUUAUCAAGAAGGUGACAGCAUGAAAGAGGAGAGUAGUAAUGUUGAAGAUGAAAAUUACAUGGAUGUGGAACUUGUAGAAAAUGAUAAACAUCAAAACUUUCCAAGUGCAGCUAAUUCAGUGAGGAUCGAGGAAACGCUCAAUCAGAUUUUUGAAGAUAAAAGUGUGAGUUCAUCCUCGGAGAACAAGAAUGAAGCACAGAUGUUGGAAAAUGACAAUGAUACCCAAAAUUAUAAUGCAGAUGCUAAAAAUGAAGCUGAUAACUUUGAUAGUAAAAAUGGUACUCCGAUUUCGGACUCAAAAGAUAAUAAUGCUGAUACCGAUAUGGAUGUCGACCUGGAUGACGAAAGAAAGUCAACAUCUAGCGAUGUACAAAUAAUAGAAGAUGAGGACCCACUGAGAUUAUUAGAUGCAGAAGAUAUUCAUUUGGAUGAUCCUAUCAUUGCAAAAAAGACAGAACGAUUAUUGACUGAAAAAUGCAGAGAACCAUUACUAAGUUCAGAGGAAAAAUCAAGCGAAAAAGAUGUGUUGAAUGAAAAAUCAGAUGGUAAAUCUAUUCACAAAGUGGAUUCUAUAGUGGGUGACAAAUCGAAUGAUAAAUCUUAUGACAAAUCAGCAAAAACUGAUGAUAAAUCCAGUGAUAAACUUGAUGGCAAAGAAGAAGGAAGAAAAGUAAAGAAACGAAGAAGAAGUUCGCUAUGUUUUUUAGAGCAAUGGGCUUGGAGCAGUGGAAGUAUGAGAAGAUCUGCGAGAGUAAGGAGUUCCAAUCGAAGAGAAGCAGAACGUGAUGAUGUACAGUUAGAAGAAGCGCUAAGAAGAAUUUUCCCGAGUGAUUUGUUACCAGAUACAGUGCGACUCAGAAAAGAGAAUCCACUAAAAUCUAUGGAAGAUUCAAUGGACACCAUGGAUUUGUACAGACUUUUUGCCGCUCGAGAAAAUGGAAGUAACACAACUGAAGGUUCUAAAAGUUCAGAAAGCUCCAAGCCUGGCAGUCCUGCAUUGAAUGAAAACCAAGAAUUAUAUUUUGGCACAGACCCAGAAAAACUAGAUGUGGCAAGUUUUAUCAAUGAACACAGUGAAAAAAGUAACUUAAUGAUCAUCAUUGCUAAAUUUACUGAAUUUUUAUGCACUAAAUGGAAUCAUGUGUGGCCUAAGGGAUUAGCUGAAGUAUAUAUGCAGAGUUAUGUUUUCACUCGGGAACAUAUUCCACAUCCUUCACCUUUUAUGGAUGAUGCAGAUGAUAACAUCCUGAAAUUGGAUGCUGAAAUGACCCUGCUGUAUGGCGAAUUGCACACAGACAGAUGGCUGAAUAAUAAACCAGACAAGUUACCCAACUCAACGGUUGACAAAAUGGGUACUGGGCUACCAUCCGAAGAGUUGGGUCAAAUAAUAUUUACCAGCGUUCGAGACGACUUGUUCAAUGAACAGUACGUGCUAUUCUUCUUUAGAGUUCUAUGGUUAAAAGCUAAUUUGUUCCUCUGUCAAGGUGACACAGAAAUCGUUAUUGAAAGCUUGGAAACAUUGCUGUGUCACUUGAAGGAAUUACAAGGCAAAGGCAACAAUAUGUUCUUACGACUUCCAAACUGUAAGCAUAAUUCAUACAUCAGCGUCAAGGUUGUUGAGAAAAUGCUGACUUCAGUUCAAAGGGGUAAAAAACUUGGAGAAAUUCAGUACCUGCACGAUGAAAAAAAAUACUCUGAAUUGGCUAGUAUACUGCAGGACACUUUUAAUUUUGCAAAGCAACGUAACAAAUUAGUAUCCCAUGGCGAAGUAAUAAUUGAACGAACCGAACAACUUUCAAUGCUGUUGAACAGCUUGUGGCAUCUGGAACAAUAUGAGGAUUGUUAUGUUUGGUCAGAAGCAUGUCUCCACGAGGCAUGGCACAAUUACUUGAAUGCUGCCGAUAAAGUGGAACAAAAAAAAUGGACGACUUCAAUCUUAAAUUCUCUUGAGAAACUGGAAGUUUGCGUGACACAAGUUAGUACCUUUGUUGUACGUUAUUUGCCUGCUUCACGCCUGACGAGACUGGUUCAAAAUUUGGUACACAUCGUAUGUUAUCAACUGGACGUCCCGGAGAAUGCAAUAGAAAUGCCCCUGGAAACUGUCUUGCCAUGGAUCUUGUUACACCAUAUUUUGCAGCAUGAAGAAGAUAAAGAACGAGCCAAAUCAGACUCGCCAGCAAAAAAUAAAAUACACGCUUCCAACAACUCAGAUUCAGAAGAGGAAAAAGAUGAUAUUCCAGCUUCGUUGAUGCUGCUUUUCACAGCACACGAAUUUCUUGGCCGACGAUCUUGGUGUUGUAUAAACGAAGCCAAGCUGUUGCUUUUCACAAUGAAUAUCACCAUACCGAAGUUGAAAUCGCCUCAAUUGGCUCCUGUUAAAGAUAAGCUAAUAAAAUAUGUGGAGCAGGUGCUUUAUUGCUUAUAUGCACAUCCUAGUAAAACGAACAAAGCUAAAGCAAAAUAUCUGGAAGAACACGGCGUACCGCAAAUGAAAUUGACUUGGGAAGCGGCACAACAGUUAUAUGAUUUUUAUAAACUCGAUAAGUUGCCUACAAUAGACGAUUAUAAAGCACAGUCAAUUACCUCGGAAAUGGAGAGUUUAUUCAAACGAAUUAUACGUCUAGUCCCACAAGAGAGCGAUCCAGCUCUAGUAUCCAAUGAUAUGAUGGCAUACAUAAAGAAAGACAAGGAUAAAAUGCCAAACGUAAAAAAAGCUCUGCCCUAUCAGAUCUCUUCGAUUUAUUAUCUACUGGGCGAUUAUUAUUUCAAAUCUAGCGACUGGUCACAAGGAGUUCGACAUUAUUUAUUGGACCUAUGCUUACAUCCAGUGAGAUUCAACUCUUGGGCUGGUCUUGCAAUGGCCACUGGUACACAGCUUGAGAUGAGAUUAAAUAGCUGCCAGACUCUGAAGAAUGAAAACAUUUUUUUGGAUCAAGCCAAAAUCGCUCAGUAUAGCUAUCAACGAGCAAGCGAAUUGGAUCCAAGACACUCGUUCAUUUGGAUAGAAUAUGGAAAUUUCGUGUACAUGGUACACUCUUUUUGUUCUCGAGUGCUCAAGCAAGAAGCUCAUAAAUUGAGUAUGGAGAAGUUUGAGGUAUUAGAAACAAGAAAAGAUACAAUGCUGGAUCUGGCAGCGCAUUGUUUCUCGUCGGCAAAUAGAUUGUUGAAUGAAUUGGCUGGACUACAAGACGACAGGUGGUUGACUCAUUAUAUCCUGGGUAAAAUUGCUGAAAAGAAAAACGAAGAUCCGCCCGUAUUUUUGGAACAUUAUCACAAGGCCAGUAUAUUUUUAUAUGAAAAUUACGCGAGAUAUCCUCCGAAAAUCAUUCACAAAAAUCCCGAAAACCUUGCCGUCGAAGCGUUGGAAGUAUACUACAGAAUACAUGCGAGCAUUUUGAAAUAUCUUGAACAGCAUGAGGGAAAACCUUUGAAAAAAUCCCUGGGUUUGUUGUUUCAACAAUACCUGAAAAAUUGUGCAAAUAGUCCUUUCAUGAGGUAUCAGUCAAAAAGUGACCUGGCGAAAAGAGACAAAGAUGGGUCGGAUUCUGACGGCAAAAACGGUUCCAGGGUUCCCGUAAAGAUAGUAGAAUCCAUCAAAAACGUUACAAUGAUAGAACAGCGGUCAAAUAGUAUCGAAGAAAUUGAGAUUAUUGAUAAAUCGAGGGAUAAAGUAGAUCUUGUUAGACCCCAUGAGCAGGUAAGAAUGGAAGCUCGCAAACGUCCCGCAGAGGAUGUGAGCGAUUGCACGGAAAGAGUGAAAUUAAAUAACGUCUCACACUUACAACUAAUGCAAGAUGUAGUGGCUCUCAUAGAUGAUUUAAUAACAAAAGUAUGUGAAAUGUCAAAUUCCAAAGAGAUAUUGGAUGACGAAAUAGUGACGUUGACCUCAAGCGAUGAAAACGAGGACUUGAAACCCGAAAAAGACAAAAAAUUUGGAAGUGAAAAGGAUUCAACAAGAACGAAAUUUGAAGACCUCAAAAAUAAUGUCGCAGAUUUUUCAAAAGUGACGGGUGCAAAUAUAGACACUGUUGUCAAGGAAGAAAAUAUUCAAGAUUUAAUGGAUGUCCUCAUGAAGCAAGCAAUGGAGAUUAGUCAAGAUGAAACGCAGCAAUCAUCUCCUGAUGAUGAGGAUACUAGGAAGUCUGAAGGAAGGUGGCUACAAAAUGAAGACUUUUCAAGUAAAGAAACCAAGGUGAGACCAGAAGAGAAAAAAAAAGCGCCCGUUGAAAUAGUUAAGGAGGAUGUAGCUUUAAGUAGGAGGGGGUCGCAGGAAAGUACCACCACAACUCAAACUACAACAACAACUGAAACGAACAACUCAAGUUCGAGCAGCAGCGAUGAAUCAAGUAGCAGUGAUGAUAGUUCUGACAGUGACUCGUCCAGCGAUAGUGAUAGUGAAUCUGAAAGCGAUGUAGAAAAGAAAAAGAAAAGUAUCGAACAAAAAGAAGAAUUUUUAUCCGACGAAGAAGUCGGCACCUUGACUGCCUAUUGCUUAGCAGGACUAGAGCAAUGUGUACUACGAUUUCCGCGACACUAUAAAUCCUUGUAUCGUCUCUCACAUUUCUUCUUUAAUAAUAAAACCAAGGAUAUUACGAAAUGCAAAGAUUUACUGCUUGGAACUUACAACUGCCAAUUUUACCCAGGAAAAUCAUUUCAAGGCCUUUUUUAUGAGAGAAGAGGUUCUAAUUUCUUUAACAGCAUAUGGCGAAUUCCUGUCGAAGAAGUUGAUAGAGGCGGUAGUUUUGCAUCACAUAUGUCCAAGUGUACUACACUUCUUAUGCAAGUUCUAAAAGAAACGAACGACAGCGAUAUGUUGAUGGAGCUAGGAUUACAGCUGUCUAAAAAACCAGACACGGAUAAGAAAUAUUUGAGAGAGUCUGAAAGGGAACAACUUUCUGAUCAGGCAAUGACGUUAUGCUUACAAUCCUUACGUACAAGAAUGUCAUUAAUGGGCCCUCCAACUGGUACGGAAACUAUCAUUGCACGGAAAAAUGAUUCCAGGAUGCAAGUUGUUCUUGAUAUAUACAAAACAUAUCAGUGUGUUCAGAAGCAUUGCUCAAAUAUGGAUUUGAAAAACGUUGCUGAUUUAUUGACGGAUACCUACAAAACUUAUAUCGGACAUAAAAAUAUUGACGGUAAUGUUCUUGAGGCGGCAUGUAAAUGGAGUCAGCAGCAAAUAGCUGUAAACAAAGUUCCAUCGACGACUAGUACUCCAAGUGUCAACCUCCAAGCGGCAUCUGUUGUUGCAACCACUUCAAGUCCGGUGAUCGUUUCUCAGCCUACAGCUGUCCCAAGUUCUCCACAAUCUCAUCAAAAUCGAAAACCUUACAAAACUUCGUUGAGUAGUUCAGGUCGUCCGAGAGGUCGCCCACCAAAUAUCAAUAAGUAUCACCAAGCCAUGCAACAGAAUGCAAAUAUGUUUGGCCAAUUUAAUCCAAAAGGUAGUUUUGCCAGUUAUCUUGGUCAGCCUGGUAACCCAGGACUUCUAAAUCCUUACUUUGUUAACCCGUUAAUGGAUCCUAAUGUUUUAAAUGCCAUGUUAGCUAACAUGACUGGCAACAUGAUCGAUCCUACAACAUUGGCUACUUUAAAUUAUUUAAAUCAAGUAGGCGGAAUGGGAGGAUAUCAAGAAGUGCUGAGACAGUAUCAGAAUAAUCUGAGUACAAUGACUAGCUUGGCUGGUGGCUUGAAUCCAAUCUCUGGUAGUAUCCCGCCUAUCAGCAAUACCUCUACAAUGACUACUUCAGGUGCUAACGUCAGUACGACGAGUAGCUUGGGACAUCUUGGCCAUUUGGGAAACCUUGGCAACUUAGGUGGUUUAGGAAACCUAGGAAAUUUGAGUAAUCUUAAUAAUUUAGGAGGUAUGACAAUGCAACAGUUUUUGAAUUUGAGUAAUUCGACAUCUUCGAUGUCUCGUUCGACACCGACUUAUCAUCAAACUGCUCCUAAAGCGACCACAACGACAACCAUGGCAACUACGACUAAAGAGAAACCUAGUAUCUCAAUAACUCCUGUAAAUACAACCAGUACUCACAAAUCUUCCACUAAAUCCUCUAAAAGUAGUUCUGCUGACUCAUCGUCUGUGCAUACUCCUAAAUCAAAUCAAGUUGCACAGCCUUCUAAAAGUUCGGUGCAUUCGUGCACUGCUCAAGUUUCUCUUUUAAAGCCGUCAGUAAUUCAGCAAGUUAAAUCUUUGCCACCAAAACAGAUGAGUGCUCCACAAAUUCGUGUUUCGAAAACAUUAACGGAACCUCAACCUGCGCAUAAAAGUUCACUUUCUCAUUCACCAGUUUUAAAAGGUAGUAGCUCUACUAGCCCAUCCUGCAUACCUCAGGCGGCACAUUCUGGAAUCUCCUCAUCUCUGGCAAUGAAACCCCCAAUAUCUAUGAAUUUGCCAUCUCAAGGGACAGGCACUUCCUUACAACAUAAAUUAUUAUCUAAAAAGCAACAACAACAACAACAACAACCACAUCCAGCUUCAAACUUAGCGUGUCCACCUAAAAAACAAAAAACUAGUAAAAAACUUCCAUCAUUGCCGAGUAGCUACCAAAGUUUGAUAAAUAGUAUGUCCAAUAUCUCAUCUUUGUCUCAAACUCCCUACUUACCAGCGGAAUUGAGUAGCAUUUCACUCAGCCAACUGCCUUCAUUGGCUGGAUCAAAAACCUCUGGUUCAAAAAGUUCGGGAUAUAGAAAGACAUCUAAUAAAUCAAAACCACCAACAUCAGAUGUAUCAAGUCAGCUCACUCAAUCACACGCUGUAGAAGCAAUGUCCAUGUUGUCACAACUUCAGCAACAUUCUCACUUGGAAAUAAUCCCACAGCACAAAAAUCAGCCCAAAUCUAGUAUGGAUUUUGGAAUUAAUUUACCCUCCUCACUGAGCGUUACCCAACAAAAAGUUAUCACCACCGAGCCACUUCGACCACCUAUAUCCGAUAGUAUGACUGUUUAUGAACUCAGUAGGAAUAAAUCCAUAAGUACUUCCAGUAGUACUUCUAAGAAAACGGAAAAAUUAAAUAAAGAUGGUGUAGAAAUUAUCACUCUGGAUGAUUAGCUUAUUUGUAUCAAAUAUCAGCGUAUGACAAAUAACUGCCAAUAAUUUAAAUGUAAGGAUGAAUGCUACAUCGUAUAUCUAUUAUUCAUUGGAUCAUGCUUCCAGGUUCCAUGGCUAGGUAAUCGAAUUGCACAGCCAUAAAAAAUAUUGUGCAUUGUCAAGUAUUAUUAUUUGUAUAUUUUGGUAUCACUUUUACGUACCGAGCUAAACAAUUGAAAGUAAUGAAUUCUUAUUGUAUCAUAGAUCUAGUUUUGUUAUACACUACAGAUUAUUGCUCAAGGUUGCAAAUUAGAAGCCCUCUUAGAGUAGCAAAUUUCAUACAUUCGUAUUCAUGAACGGGUGAUUUCAGAAUGCAGAAUCAAUUUAUAAAUAACCUAGUGUAAAAAUUAAAAUCAAUUUUAUACAGAACUAAAAUUUGCACUAGUUAAUUUAAAAAAACAAAUACCUAUUUCUCCACAUUGGCUAUAGCCAAGAACAGGUGGAGAUUUGGAAAUAUUUCAAUGUGAUAAUAUUCUCCUGUUCAAAAGGUAGAUGGAAGAAAUAUUAUAUCCUGAUUAUAAGUUGAAUUUUAUUUUAUUUUGUAUGGAAUAAACAAAUCAUAAUUAUAA